GAAAAAUUCAAACGCGCUCUCUUUUUUUCUUUACAUUCUUUCACGCGUAAACUCACCAUUGCCCCUCAUGAACUCCUAUUUCAAUUCUAGCGGCUCACAAACACAAACCGGUGGCGGAUUCUUUAGCAACGAUUCGUCUGACGGCAAUAGACAGCCAGCAAGAAAACCGGCCAGUGAUCAAACUAUCCGUCCUGUUACCUUGAAACAACUUGCUAAUGUAACCGAGACUGCGGAUGGCAGCUUCCAGAUCGAUGGUGUCGACACAACUCAGAUCACUUUUGUGGCCGUACUUCGUAAUGUUACUGAACUUGCGACCAACAUCUCUUACACCAUGGAAGACGGUACUGGAGCUAUAGAAGUCAGACGAUGGGUCGAACAAAACGAAACAGCCAGCGAGGCUCAAAAGCGCCGUGAACUGAUUCCUGACACAUACGUUCGAGUGGCUGGACGCAUCAAUAGUUUCAAUCACAAGACGAGUGUCGUUGCUUUCCUUAUUCGACCGAUUACCGAUUUCAAUGAGAUCAGUUAUCAUUUCCUGGAUGCCGUCUAUACGCACGUCAAUUUGACAAAAGGAUCUCGGGAUUCCCACAUGCAGAGGGCCGAUUAUUCACAGUCAUCUGCGGUUGCUUCCGGUAAUCAAGUCCAUAACCGUGUAUUGGAAACACUGAAGGAAUAUCGCGACAAUGACGAAGGUGCCCACGUCGAAGAAAUCAUUCAAAAAUUGCAAAGCGUGUGUACAGAAGGGCAAGUGAGAGAGGCAAUAGAGUAUCUGACGAACGAGGGCCAUUGCUAUCAAACCAUUGACGAAAACCACAUCAAGUCUACCGAUUCUUAAUCAUCUUUUGCUGUAUACAUAGGAGGAAAAAAAAAGGAAAAAACAAGAAAUAGUGCAAAAAGUUCAAUAUACUGCAAUGCAAAAUGGGAAAAUUACAUGGACCAGUGUACGUGAUGGUAUAAUUCAGGGCAUCUUAUGGAUGGCUAAAUAUGAAUGGGAGCGUUGUGCGAUGGUGCACAGUUGUUUUGAGUUAAAAAUAAUGCAAAGGAAUUACGGUGUAGAGUGGAUGGGAAAGCCGAGAAAGUGUACUUAUAAGAUUCGAUUCCCUGUGACACCAUGGUUGUAGAUCCGUAGUUUCCAG